UAUGCCUUUAUUUAUUUAUUUCCGAGCUGAUCGUGUUCUUGUUGUUUCUGCAUAAUAAUUAUUAAAUUUUAGCGCGGAUUUUUGUUUGCUGUGAUUUUGAUUCCGAUCGUCGUUUUCCGAUCAGUUUCGCGUUGUUUGAUUCUGAUCGUUUUGGUCUGUGGUCUCUGAUCGUUGAGCUUUUGCUUUGUUCGGUGGCGGUGCAUGUAAUGGUUUUUACUUUUUACUGUUUGAUUUUUAUUGCUUGUAUGUGUUUCUUGAUUUUUGAUUAGUCUUCUGUGUUUGGAUCGUCCUGGCUUGUAUUACGAUCACCAGUAACGGUGGUGGUGGCUGUGAUCAUGAUCAUAAUCUGUUUCAGUGGUAAAAAAUUUAUAUCAAUGACUAACAUCAGUCAUGUUUCAUAGAAAAAUAAAUUUCAAAUUUCAAUAGGUGGUUAUUCUUACUGUUUCGUCCGGUUAUUUUGACCGAGGUUGCGUCUUGCACGAGAGUCUAUUAGAUCAUUUAUUGUUUAUUAUGGAUUACGAUAGCGUCGGCUAGGUUUAGACUUUAGAUGAUUCCUGUUAUGCAGGUUUUCGGUGAGCUGAGGGUGUCUCGUUAUUGCUUACUUGUAUCGCGUUCGAACUUGGUAUGAACAAAUAUUAGUACUGGAGUUCAGGAAUGACGAUGUGACUGCUUCUGCAGGGAUGUUUUGGUAUCUUGGACUUCUGAAGAAUCAUUAUCAAUUGACACCAUGUUGUUCUGCUUGAGGAUAUAUUGGCACAAUCUGCUGCCAUGUUUUAAGAGACUAGACCCUAAACUUGGCUUAGUAUUGCGAGAGCACGAUAUGUGGUUGUGGUUUUAUUGUGUAGAUUCUGUUCCAGUGAGUAACUUGUUAGUAGUUUGAAGGUGACUGAAGUUAUGGGGCAUAGACAUCCAUUCAGCACUUCCCAAGUUUUUGAGAGUGAGAAUGAUCCGAAUUGGAACCAUAUGAACACGGAACACCCAUUUGGACAUCUGGCCAGGGCUGGGGCGGGAGAGAACACUUCUUUGUUUUAUCCGGUGGAAAGUAUGUUUUCUGAUGGAAUGCAACUUCCUUCGAAUUGGAAUCCACCAAUGAGAUCAUAUGGGUAUUCUUCCUUAAGCCACAGUGUUGAUAUGCCUCCUCAAUAUCAACCGGAUGCUUCUGGUCCGUCUCAUUUAUUUCAACAUGCACCUAGUGCUGGUGCUUUUGGUAUGGCCAGUGGAAACUAUGCUCACCAUUCAUCUUCAUCUAGUUACGACCGUCGAGCAUUCAAUGGUGUUGAGGGUGGGUUUGUUGAUCUCACAAUGAGCAGUGGAAGAGGGUUGCACAAGCGUAAAAGUCCUGGAAUCCCUUCUGUAGCAGAAAGAGGCAGCUCAAGCAGGUACUACUGCGCUGGAAGUUCCUCUGACGUCUCUAGAUCUACAGAAUUACAGCAAGAGAAAGUAAACAUGGAGACGCCGCACAUGCCAUGGGAUCACAUGACUAUGAUCCAGCAGAAUUAUAGAGGAAAUGACUCAAGUAGGGGUGAGGAAUCUAUGAGAAAUGUGAGAAGCCGGUCAGAACAUGAUUUGGAGUCCAACCUAGCAAGGACACAUCUAUCGAACAAUCCUAUACAUAGUUCUUACGCUGCAAAUUUUCCUAUUGAUCAUCCUAGUACAAUUGAUAUUCCGGUUCAGAGUUCCAAUGUUUUAGCCCAUGAAUGGAACCAUAUCAACAUGUCGCCUCCUCAUGGAAGGAUUCUACCUUCAGAUACAGGUGGUUUCAGUCAUGAUCCCAACCGCUUCCUUGUAGGCAGCGGUAUGGUUAAUGGUUCUUCUGAAGCUGGUGCAUAUCAUCAUGAUUUCAUUCCAACCCAAGGGGCUGCUGUUCCUCCAAGUUAUCCUGGUGCCUUACCCCAAACUGUAAGGGGAGUCCGCAGCAACUAUUCUCAAAGAUCUGGCCCUACCUUCAGGGCUUCUUCAAGCAGCAUGAGGUUUGGGCCUGUGAUUCAUUCAGAUGAAGGACUGCAGUUGGCAUCUGAGAAUUAUCCAAGACAUGCUAGACCAGUGGCUGCAGUUGGAUGGCGUAACAGUGACAGGAAUGGUAGAUCAAGGAUGUCGCACGAUAGAUAUCGAGUCUCUGAAGAGACUAGCCUCCACGAUCGUUUUUCAUCUGAGGGUUUUAUGAUUGCUGAUCGGUCAGGCUUUUAUGGUUCCAGAAAUAUGCUUGAUCAUCACAGAGACUUGAGACUAGACGUUGACAAUAUGAGUUACGAGGAACUACUUGCAUUGGGGGAGAGGAUUGGGCAUGUGAACACAGGUGUAUCUGAAGAUCUAAUACCAAAGUGUUUGACAGAAACAAUCUAUUGUUCCUCAGACCUAAAUCAGGAAGAAGCCACAUGUGUAAUCUGUCUGGAAGAAUAUGAGGACAGGGAUGAUGUUGCGGCAUUGAAAACGUGCGGUCAUGAUUAUCAUGUGACAUGCAUCAAAAAGUGGUUGUCAAUGAAAAAUUCUUGUCCAAUAUGCAAAGGUUCUGCUCUGGUUGAUAAUACGAAGGGAAAAUAAGUUGUGCUUUACUAUAAAGACAUUCUUGUACAUAUGUUUAGGGAUAAACCUCCAAUGGAGGCAAGGACUUUUCUUUUGUGAAGUUGUAAAGGGGAAUGCUGGUCAGUUUCAGUCCAUUUAUUUCAGGCUCCCAUCUAAAUAUGGGGAAGCCUCUUUUUCGAAUCCCAUAAUUUUGUAUGGGCAAUGCAAAGUAAGAUGUGAUUAUUUUGA